AUGAAUUACCAUUCAGUAUGAAAACAUGACUAUUUCCAAUAAAUUAUUACCUCUCAAAUAAUUAGCAGGCUACAUUCAGAUUCAAUUGUUCAUAAAUUAUAUGGAAAUACUUGUCUGGGGAAAUAUUACUAUUUGAAGUUAUCUAGGGACCCUACACGUCUGUCGAGUGGGUCUAGUGUCCCCUUCACCGAAGGAAACAGCUGACAUCCUAACCUCAAUCGGUUACGUAUAAAAAACAAGACAAGAAUGUUAUUCCUCUCAAAUUCAACAAUCACAGUUUACUAGAAUCAAUCGUGCAGGUUGGAAGCUCCAAGAUGGGUAACCACUUGGUAGGAAUCGCUCCUAGUCAGAUAUUUCCUGUCGAGCACUACUUGACAGAUCACAGCGAUCUCCAGUUUGACAUAAAUCUUGGAAGCACGAGAUUCUUCAAAGUGGCACGUGCUAGGAGUCAGGAGGGCCUGAUCGUUGUGAAAGUCUUCGUCAUUCACGAUCCAACACUACCGCUGUCAACGUACAAGGACAAACUGGAGGAGAUAAGAUCAAAAUUGGCGUCUGCUGUCAACUGCUUACCCUUUCAACGAACUAUACUCACUGACAAAGCUGGAUUUAUCAUGAGAGAAUAUGUUAAAUACUCACUGUAUGACAGGAUCAGCACGAGACCCUUCUUGUCUACCAUCGAGAAAAAAUGGAUUACAUUUCAAGUUCUUUAUGCUCUUCAUCAAGCACACAAGUUUGGCGUCUGCCACGGAGAUAUAAAACUCGAAAAUAUAAUGAUCACCAGUUGGAAUUGGGUUCUGCUGACCGACUUUGCGAGCUUCAAACCUACGUAUUUACCUGAGGACAACCCUGCCGAUUUCUCUUACUUCUUCGACACAUCCAGAAGAAGAACAUGCUAUAUCGCCCCAGAACGUUUUCUGAAGACCCUAUCCUCGGAGCUGAGCAGUACCCUCCUCCUCCCCGAGCACGAGUUGAAAACAGGUGAUUUGCAUCCAACGAUGGACAUUUUCUCAGCGGGUUGUGCCCUGACGGAGCUGUACAAUGAGGGUCACCCGCCCUUCGACUUCUCCCAGUUGCUGGCCUACAGAAACAGCGAGUACUCUGCCACCAAGCAUUUGGACAAAAUUGAGGAUCCAGGAAUUCGUGAAUUGCUGGCAUCAAUGCUGGAGAAAAGUCCAAGUAAUCGUAAAAGUGCAGAGAUAUAUCUGUCCCAAGCGCGAGGAAAGAUAUUUCCCGAGUACUUCUACUCCUUCCUCCAAUCCUACAUGCUGAUAUUCUCCGCAGCACCGAUUCUCUCCCCAGACGAGAAGAUCAACCGUCUGAAGAAGGACAUCGGCAACAUCAUAAGCAUAAUCCUGAAGACUGAAGAGGAAACAGAACUGCAACGAGACACGAGCGAUGAAUCAGUGAAAGUCUCUGACCAGAAGAGACCUGGGGACGUGCAGUUGAGUCGUGAGGGUUCAACCAGCCACAGCGAGGAGAACACGAUGAUCGAGGACGACAGUGAUCAGAGUCUGGAGAAGACUGAACCCACGACAGAGGUGAAUCCCAACGAGUCCUCAAGCAACGAAGCCUCAGACAAUACCAAGGCCACCCCGAACGGUCUAAAAUCGUCAGAAAAAUUAGAGGGACUUAUUCUGAUCACUCAGUUGGUGACUUCCUGCAUCCGAGGCCUUCACCACUCCCAGUCGAAGCUCCAGAGUCUGGAGAUUCUCUUGGAGCUUGCGGAGAACACCUCCGACGAAACAAUUCUCGAUCGAAUUCUCCCUUACAUAUUCCACCUCGUUCACGAUCCUGCUCCUCGUGUACGUGUCUCAGCAAUUCACACCCUGACAAAAUGCCUAUACCUGGUGAAGACAAUUCCCCCGAGUGAUGUCAACAUCUUCCCCGAGUACAUUCUUCCGGGCUUGUCCCACGUAACCCAGGACGAGGCUGUUAUAGUGCGUGCAGCGUAUGCUGAGAACAUCGCCCAUCUGGCCCACAUUGCCCUGCGAUACCUGGAGAACGCACAUCUGACGAAUGUGGGGAACAAGGAGGGACCGAAGCCAAAUUAUGACAGUGAACUCCAGACACUUCACGAGAUGGUGCAGCAGUCGGUGUCAAUGCUCCUGACAGACUCCUCGAAUCUUGUUAAGCAGACGUUGAUGGAGAAUGGUAUCAACAAAUUAUGUGUUUUCUUCGGCAAACAGAAAGCAAACGACGUACUUCUGAGCCACGUGAUAACGUUUCUGAAUGACAAAGAGGACAAGCAGCUCCGAGGAUCGUUCUUUGAGUGUAUCGUCGGUGUGGCUGCGUAUGUGGGCUGGCACAGUAGUCCCAUUCUGAUGCCCCUGCUCCAACAGGGCUUGACUGAUCCCGAGGAGUUUGUCACGAAGAAGGCGAUAAAUGCAAUGGCAACGCUGACAGAGUUGGGUUUGCUCCACAAAUCUGCUCUCUAUCAGCUGCUGUCCGAGACAGUUGUCUUCCUGGUUCAUCCUAAUUUGUGGAUAAGACAUGCAACUGUUGGAUUCAUCUCAGCAGCAGCCAGAACCCUCAAUCUCGUCGACGUACAGUGCAAGGUGCAGGUAAUGAUCCAGCCGUAUCUCAAGUACUCGUUGAUUCAGAUUGAGAAGGAGGUGCUGCUGCUGGAGGCGCUGGUAACACCGAUUCCCCGGGUGGUCUUCGAUUCGGUGAUAAAGUACAGCGACAUUGACGAGCUGAUGCGAGCCUUCGAGGAGAGAAAAGCAGCUAGAUCCAAAGCGAUAACAGGAAGUGUACCUCAGUACAGUGACACCAGCACAUCCUUGAGGAAUUUAUUUCGCAGAUUGAACUCCGAAUCGAUGACUGAAACCGUUGAGGAUCAGUUGCUGGCCAUGAAGCAGCACUUGAUAAAGAUAAAUAAGUACAGAUUGUCGGGUGACACAAAGCAGAGUGCAAUUAAAUCAGCAAAUGAUGGUAAAUUGGAGCUCAGCACGAUGAAGGAAACAGUUCGUCAUCACAUUGUUGUGCUCUACCCAGAUAGCAAGACCGACAUUGGUAUGACGUACAAAAAAUUCGAUAAACGAUCGUCCGAGAGCUCUCACUACUCCAUGAAUCAAGAGUGGAGGACAAUGUUUGCUGCCAAUGACACCAAUCAAACGAGCCUCAAGAUCACUGACAUGAGUAACAGUGGCUCCAGUCCCAGUCCAAUACACUCGGGGGACAUUCAUCUAUCGCCCCAGCAGUCUAGUCUAGCUGACAUCAACAGCAUGAACGAUCACUCCCUUCAUGAACGUUCCUACAUCCAGUACAGGUGUGCCCCCUGUAGACUGGAGCUUCGUAAAUUGACGUACAGAAAGCAGGAUCAGCAUGGAGCUGCAUUGAGGGCCCAACACUGGGCGGACAACAUGACCUGGCAGGCUGGAACUAGACUUCUGCCAAGUGGAUGGACACCCCGGGGAGUAUCAGUGGCGUAUCUCCACGAGCACAGGGCUGCUGUCAAUCGUCUUGUCUCCAUUCCUGAUUCAGGAUUGUUCGCCAGUUCUGCUGCUGAUGGCUGUGUGAGAAUUUGGGAUGCCAGUAAAAUGGAGGGAAGGAACAUCGCCAAUCGAUCGAGACAGACUUAUGUGCACAGGGGAGGACCUCUUGUUGGACUCGCUGUCUGUGAGCAGGGACAGUCCCUGGCGAGUUCUGCCAGUCAGUCGGGCUCGGUUUUCGUUCUCAGGGUGGAGCCCAGCUCUAGUAAAAUGACGAUUAUCAAUUCCAAACAGCUGGAUCUUCAGGAAGAGGGAUGUGCUGUUGAUCUACAGUACCUCGAUUCUGGAUCACAAUCUGUCCUGAUUUAUGCUAGUCUGUAUGGAUCGCUGGUUGGAUGGGAUCUGAGGUGUCCAGGAAUCGCCUGGAAACUUGAGAAUGACUUGAAGCACGGGGUUAUCACGUCAUUUUGUGUUAAUAAUCAUCAGCAGUGGCUGGCACUUGGUACGAGCUCGGGGGUACACAUCUGUUGGGAUCUCCGGUUCCAAUUGCCUAUCAGCAGUAUUAGACAUCCCAUUGGGGCAAGAGUCAGGAAAGUCAUCACUCAUCCUACGGAACAGUCGUGGAUAAUUUCUGCUGUGCAGGGGAAUAAUGAGAUCUCCAUGUGGAAUCUUGAGACUGGAUUCAGACAGACUGUUCUCUGGGCCUCGGGAGCACCUCCUCUCAGUCAUUCACAGGAGGGACACAGCGUCUGCUCGAUGUAUGCUGGGACUGUUGACAGGUCUGGAUUUCUACUCGCUGGGGGAACUGAUAUGAAGUUGAGGUUUUGGGAUCUCAAUACUCCAAAUGAAUCACGUGUAGCACUACCGGCUACUGGUGAUGUUAUCACGUCGAAUUCACUGGUUUAUGAGCAAAGGCUGAUUGAUGGAACGAAUGUCGUGCAGGAAGUGCUGGCUAGUGGAGGGCCUAUUGGGGGAGACAGGGCUGGAAGGGUCAGGGUAGCUGAGGAAGGGGCUGUACCACCUCUUGAGGCGCCCAUCUCUGGGCAUCAUGACACUAUAUCGGCUGUUGCUAUGUCCAAUACUUGCAUUUUAACUGGCAGCACUGAUGGACUGAUUCAAGUGUGGAAGUGAUUUUAGACUUUUUGGUUUUAAGGGCCGCACUUGCCCUCUAAUAAAAAUUUAAUGGAAAAAUAUAGCCAAUUCGUUGGAAAAUUCUGAUGGAUUUGGAAUAACUAGAUUUUUCGGUUAAUUUUUUCCAUUCACUGGCCGAAUAAUUUGUUUUUAUUGAGAUAUUUCUGUUAAAUCGAGAUCUAAAUACUUUAUCUAACGGUAAUCGAGUCGAAUCAAAUCAUUUCUGAGGUCCAGUCACAUUUAUUCAUCAUCAGGAGGGAAAAUUUAUAUUUUUUUAACCGAAAAUGGUCUUAAGUCCAGAGUUUUUUGUUUUUAUUGUUUUAUCUAUUCUCAUAACUGAAUUAAAUUUUAGAGAAAUAGUAUUUUCAUGAGGCAAAUUAAUACUUGUUUUAGAUAGAAUUAUCUCGAUAAAACCGAUUGUCUCUCGGAGUGUCUCUAUACUUUUAUAAAUUCAUGUCGAAGGACAAUAUAUAUCUUAAGGAAAUAAAUUAUUUUUAUACGUAUAAAGGAAAAAAUGGCAAAACGAGCACUAGAAACAAUGUUUGAGUGAACGACAUGUAACGUGUGUUUUGUUGAAUGAACUUAUGUAAUUGCCGAGCACAGAACAAGUGCGUUCUAUCAUAGAACGUCAUUGAUCGUGUUUGUUGAUACUGAAAUACGAUAUAAUAUACGUACCGAAAAUAAUAUCGCUGUACAUACGAACGCUUUAAGUAUUUUUUUCAUCGUCCUUUUCUUAUUUAUAAUAAAAAAUUUAUUUUAAAAUUA